UUCGGGUUCAAGCAGAAGGCCGAAUAGCCUUCAAGGCCAGCAUAAAUUCGGGCAAAUCUUAAAAAGUUCGACCGCGUAACCAACGUCCUUUUGCAGAUAUCAGCAAUUAUGACAAAAUAAUGAUUCGGAGUGUCACGAGUUUUAUAACAGUGUUUUACAACAGUGAUUUGAUACUCAAUGUAUGUCGGCGUGAAAGUAUAUCUUUACUCCAGUGAUCAAUAGGAAGUAAUUAUUCCAAGUUCAAAAAGUCAGUUAACAUGAAGCAGAUAUUAUGCGGAAAAUUUGGCUACGGAAUCCUCCUCGUAGCAAAAUCCUCACGGCAUCCCAUAUCUACAAUAAGUUCCCGGAGUCUCAUGUUCGGGAAGAUCGCACGGAUAAGCAGGCCACUGUUGGCUGCGCCACAGCCGCGAUAUUUGAUCUAUUCAAACCGUGGCUAUGCCAUGAUUAUCACUAAGGUUCUCAGAGGAGCUCUUAAACUUAGAUACUUGGUGCUGGGAGGAGCCGUCGGCGGAGGCAUUACUCUACAAAAGAAAUAUGAACAAUGGAAGGAAGGUCUUCCUGACAUGACAUGGGUGGACAGUCUCAUGCCAACUGAACAACAGUGGCAAGACUUUCGUGGCUCGCUGUUAACAAUGAAGGACAACAUCUCGGAAAAAGUAGAAAUCGACCCACGUAUAAAGGAACUUGGAGAAUCUAAGUACAGGGAAUAUAAGGACUGGUUUAACCAAAGGCUGGACGACGCUAUCAAAGCAGCAGAGAGCCGACCAGAUGCCCCAACGACUGAGAAUCCAAUGAAGAGUGUGUUCGAAGCAAUCGCUGCGGUAGCAAACAAAGUUUAUUCAGAUGCCAAAGGAGAAUUGUCGAAAAAUUCUGUAGCAUUUGCUCGUCCAUUGAUCAACGAAAAUAUCGAAGAGGAGCGAAGAAAAGCUCAAACGUCACAACAAAGGCUAGAUGCAAUGCAGGAAGAGGUAAUGCAGAUACAGCUCAAGUAUCAACGUGAACUAGAGAGGCUCGAGCGGGAAAACAAAGAGCUACGCAAACAAAUGUUACUGCGCGGAAAUCAAAAGCUCAACAAUCGCAAAAUCAAGAAGUCACUGAUUGACAUGUACAGUGAUGUUCUUGAUGAGCUCAGUGAUUAUGACAGCACAUACUCAACUGCCGAUCAUCUGCCCAGAGUUGUAGUAGUCGGUGAUCAGAGUUCAGGAAAAACAUCCGUUCUAGAAAUGAUAGCGCAGGCGCGGAUUUUCCCCAGAGGUGGUGGCGAAAUGAUGACAAGAGCGCCGGUUAAAGUGACUCUAAGCGAAGGUCCUUACCAUAUAGCACAAUUCAAAGAUAGUUCUAGGGAAUUUGACUUGACCAAAGAGUCCGAAUUAGCUGAGCUAAGAAAAGAAGUGGAACUGCGUAUGAAAAACAGCGUGAAAAAUGGGAAGACAGUCAGUCAUGACGUUAUUUCAAUGACUGUAAAGGGACCUGGUCUUCAGCGCAUGGUGCUAGUUGAUUUGCCUGGAAUCAUUAGCACAGUCACGGUCGACAUGUCGGAAGAUACUCGAGAUUCAAUUCGCCAAAUGACCCAACAGUACAUGAGCAAUCCGAAUGCCAUUAUACUUUGCAUACAAGAUGGUGCUGUUGAUGCAGAGAGAAGCAAUGUCACAGAUCUCGUAUCGCAAAUGGAUCCUACAGGAAAGAGAACUAUCUUCGUUCUCACAAAGGUCGAUUUGGCGGAAGAAAAUUUGACAAAUCCAGAUAGACUCCGAAAGAUUUUAGCUGGAAAACUGUUUCCCAUGAAGGCGUUGGGAUACUUUGCUGUUGUGACUGGCCGUGGCCGACAAGACGACACCAUACAGACCAUCAAAGAUUACGAGGAACGAUUUUUCAGAAACUCCAAGCUCUUUAAAGACGGUUUAGCGAUGUCUGGUCAAGUGACUACCAGAAAUCUAAGCUUGGCAGUGGCCGAGUGCUUCUGGAAAAUGGUUAGAGAAACAGUGGAACAACAGGCCGAUGCCUUCAAAGCCACUAGAUUUAAUUUAGAAACUGAAUGGAAGAACAAUUUCCCCAGAUUGCGAGAGCUCGACAGAGACGAACUGUUCGAGAAAGCACGGGGUGAAAUCUUAGAUGAGAUAGUAAAUCUGUCUCAAGUGUCUCCGAGGCAUUGGGAAGAAGUCCUGAUGUCUUGUCUUUGGGAAAAGGUCAGCAUGCACGUUUUCGAAAACAUCUACAUGCCCGCAGCCCAGACCGGGAAUCCAGGGACUUUCAACACGACUGUUGAUAUAAAGCUCAGACAAUGGGCAGAGCAGCAGUUACCUGCGCGAAGCGUUGAAUGUGGCUGGGAAAGCUUGCAGCACGAGUUCUACCACUUCAUGAACCAGGCAAAGCUUAGCCCUGACCAUGACGACAUAUUUGAUAAUUUGAAGAAUACGGUUGUCACUGAGGCGAUGCAGAGGCAUUCCUGGGAGGACAAGGCAUCCGAAAUGCUACGCGUUAUCCAGUUGAAUACUCUCGAGGAUCGGAGUGUAAAUGACAAACGAGAUUGGGACCAAGCAGUCAAAUUUUUAGAGACGUCAGUGAAGGAAAAAUUACAAAGCACUGAACAUAUUUUAAAUGACAUGCUCGGCCCUGGACGAAAAGAACGCUGGUUGUACUGGCAGAGCCAAACAGAAGAACAGCAGAAACGAACAUCCGUUAAGAAUGAGCUGGAUAAGAUUCUUUAUUCGGACAAGAAGCACACACCGACCUUGACGCAGGACGAGUUGACAGCAGUGAGGAAAAACUUGCAACGUAACGGCAUUGAGGUGGAUAAUGAGUUCAUCAGGGAAACGUGGCAUCCUGUUUAUAGAAGAUUCUUCCUACAGCAAAGCUUGGCAAGAGCUUACGAUUGUAGAAAGGGAUACUAUCUCUACCAUACGGGUCACGAGAACGAAGUGGAGUGCAACGAUGUGGUGCUGUUUUGGCGCAUACAACAGAUGCUUAAGGUGACUGCUAACGCGCUUAGGCAACAAGUGAUGAACCGAGAAGCGCGUAGAUUGGACAAAGAAAUCAAAGACGUACUCGAAGAUUAUAGCCAAGAUGCUGAGAUAAAGCAAAAACUUUUGACCGGAAGACGUGUUACUCUGGCGGAAGAAUUAAAGCGAGUGCGACAGAUCCAAGAGAAGCUAGAGGAGUUUAUACAGGCUUUGAACAAGGAGAAGUGAAAGGAUUAGGCUAAGAAGCGAGUGAAAUUGAACCAACGAUAAUCCGAAGUUGUGAAACGCGUUCAACGACGCUCGAGAAGACUUUGACAAUUGUGUGCGUGCUUAGAGUCUAGUAUAAUUAUAUCAAUUGCGGUAAUUUGACCGUUCUCGAAGCGCUCACUGGACGAGAAGCGCGUGUGCAUAUCUGUAUCUUCGGGCGAGGUGGCGUCGCUAUCAUUUUUCCACCGAAUUCCAAGCUUUCAUCUAACUGGAGCAUGCCGGUGUUUUCUCGAUAUGAAUGACUUCGCCUGAUGCCUGACAAUACGCGACAAAAACCGGACUGGAACGAAGAGAUUUUCGCUCAUUACAAUUGCCGGGAUGAUGUAAAAAAAAGUCUAAAAUUAAUUUAACCGAUAUCGAGAACAGCUAGGAAAAUACGUGGUUACCGAACAGGCUGCGCGAUGUACACAGGUCGUCUAAUAUGAUAAUAAAAUAUCUUAAAUUAUUCAAUUACAGUGAAGCUUUACCGUUUUCAGGUAUGAGUUUGUUGUCGCUGUAUCACCUAGAUCACUAGAUACGCUAAUAAAUCAUGUUUCUCAUCCUA